UUGUUGCAUUCAUUUCCUGUGACUGAAGCACACCGUCUUCGUCCGCGGAUCCACAGCAAGUGUCAAACGGACAAACGCGUCCAUCGGUCACGUCACUUCGCAGACGGAGGAGAGCAGCUCAGGAACACCCAGGCUGGCGACGGUGCACGAAACCCUCCCACCGUCUGGUGGAGAUCAACCCGAGGCUCCGCUCGCCAGUCGCCGUGUCUUGUUGUUUUGACUGCGGACGUUUUGCCUCUCUGUUGUUUCACAACUCCUAAUUAUCCGUCCACAUCCAGGCUCCGCGCGUGUAAACACACGCAGACGUGCAGACGUGCAGACGUGCUCCCGUCCCUCUCGACGGGACGCUUGCUUCAUCCACGUUUCUCAACGAGGAGGCGAAGAGGCAUCGGAGCGGUCUGACUUGUCAGCGCGAGGAGGGGGUAACAUUUUUUCUCCUUGUCAUUUUCUCGGGCGUCAGAGUGCCAACUACCAAAGUGAGGAAGCUCCUUCAGCUGUGCGCAGACCGCCAACUGACAGGAAGGAAGGAGCCGCUACCGCGCUACAACUCGACAGGUUCUUCAGCAAACAUCUUUUGUCCUCGGGGGCCUCUGUGGAAGCACGAGCGACAUGCUGGGCAAAAACAAAAAAAGGGGGAACUAGAGCUUAGCAGCUGACAACCUCACCCCUCCCUCUCUCGCCUUCUCCGGCACACAAUAUCCUCUUUUGGGGCCCAAGCAGCCCCCGUUUUCAUGUUAUCUCUUUGGUUUUAAUGCGGCUCUCGCAAACACACACACACACACACACACACACGCAGACACACACACGUGCACACCCAGUGAGGAUGACUGCCUGGACAGAUGGUGCUCAGUGUGCGGACUAGAAGCUGAGACGAGGCCGAGAGAGGGACAGACUCCUCGUCCGUCAUGGGAUGCUGCAGUGUGACCCAGAGGCAUACCGGAGUGGACGAGGUGGGCCCCGACGAGAUCGAGCUUCUGGAACUCUCUGGAGACAAUUUGGGAAAACGACUGGUGGGAAAUUGAUGUACUCAAGACGGCACUUUGACCCUGGAUGGAGUCAAGAUCCAGAAUGGGACUGGUGUGGAGUCUGGGAGAAACCAGGCUUCAGUUGUCGGUGAGGAGCAGCAAAGAUGAGCAGCAGUCCCAGCUGCCGCCGCCGCCGCCGCCGCCGCCGCCCCGGUACCCUUCAGUACGCCACCUGGAACAAGAGGUGGUGCUGUGGGGCAGGAGCAGAGAUGAGCUGCACCACAGGAUUUACUCCCAGCAGCCAAUCCGGGGCUGGGAGGGCCAACCAGCCCACAUGUACGGAGAGGUGAUCCACUCCUCCCUGGUGUCUCUCUGCAGCAGCUACACCCAGGAAACCAGGGAACACUUCCUGGUGUUGUUCUCAUUUCACCUGCUGAUCCUCUCUCUGGACCACCCACGACAAGACUUCAUCUACGAGGGCAUCCUUCCCCUUUCCGGACUCGCCGCGCAGGCCGUCUCCCUGGAGCCCCACACGUCACACUCGCCGCACAUGUUUGAGAUUAGCGGACCGAUGGUGGAUUCCAAAGUGUUCAUGUGUGACAGUGCGGCAGCGUUACAGACCUGGCUGCAGCAGAUAGAAGACAGGAGAUACAAGUCAAUGACCAAACCCAUGAGUCCAUCUCACUGCGCGCUCUCCUAUCUAUUACCAUGUGAUAUGCGCUGGAAAAGAGAUGAACUACUGAAAUACUUACUACAAGCGCCAAUAUGGCAGUGGGAGGGCUCGCCCAUACAGCACAUGGGUCAGCCAGCCUACAUAUCCAUCAUCCAUAUAAUCAACUCACAGAGACAGGGACGCCAAGAAAGACUGAUGGUUCUCUUCCCUCAAGACGUCCUGCUGCUGUCAGUCGACAACAAGCGGCAGAAUAUAAGAUAUGAGGGCAGGUUGCCCCGACACAGCGUCAGAGCAGUGGAGCGGUCAGCUCUGCCCGGGCGGCUGGAGUUUGAGCUGAUAGGCGAGCUGCUGGAGCCCCGGCACGUCUCUUGUACCUGCCUGGAGGAUUAUCAGAACUGGAUCUUUCAACUACAGCAGCCAGACAGAAGCAGUCACAUCACCGUGACUCAAGCUGCACCUCCCAUCAUGCCAAAGCUGCAACGGAGCAGGAAGGAGUCCCAGGAGCCGAUGAUAACGGCUGACCAGUGUUACAUCAAUGGACGCGGCUGACUCAUCAGAAUGUGGAAAAACGCUUGAAUUUUUACUGUAAUAAAAAAAAAAAAAUCUAAAACUGUGUAGAAAACAUGUACAUAUUACUUUUAUGGCUAAUUGUGCCUCAAAAUUGAGAUACAGCAGUGAAGACGCUCUGAGGUGUUCUCACCCUCAUUUUGAUAUAUAUUGGGUGGUUUCGUCACAGAGGGGCUGAAGAGAUACUUCAGUUGUCUCUCACGUGGCGACGAACAGGAACAAGGCCGUGACCUGGAUUAAGAGCAGAUCAGAGCUGAACAAGUGUUACAUGUAGAGACUGUAGGUGUGACAAAAGCAACACAACAGAACAGAACAAGCCGAUGUACUGUCAUAACAGUUUACUUUUUGUCCAAGAAUAAACUGUUUUAAAAAGUC